GACCCGCGGAUACCGAUGGUAUCACGGAGAAGCACUCUACCAGUAUUUCUGACACAAACCCUAUUGUCGAGGAUCUGGACUUCAAGUAUGAUCCGUUUGGAACUGCAACAGGAUCAGUCAUCAAUGGCCUAGAUGACAGUCCGAUUACCGGAGUCAAGUGCUUGCUACAGUUUGUCCAGCCCGACGGGCAAGUAUUCUCACGGGAGGUCGAUUCUGAUGAUGAUGGUAUGCUGACGAUGACAGGCUUGGUAGACGGGUCAUACAUUCUGAGUUGUCCGAAAGAGUUGCCCGAAGGUGAUAUCAGCAGUGGACCAGAGGACCAUGACGAUUUGGAAGAG